AUGGCUCGGAGUUCGCGCAAUCCCUUUGGCUUCGGUCCCUACGUCGUCACCUUCUUUACCACUGUCAUCUACGCUGGCUUGUUCGCUGCCCUCAUCGUCACCCACCAUGUUCUGCCGCCGACCCCAAGUACCCCCACUCCGCAUGCAUGGCCAGGGGUCAACAUAACCCAGGCCUGGCACGAUCUGGACCACUUGAGCAGUGCUUACCACCCCUUCAACAGCAAGGACAAUGUCGCUGUACGUAGCUGGUUACUCGCUCGCGUUGGAAGCAUCCUCGACGCCAACAAGGUCGAGUGGAAAGAGGCCGCCGAACAUACCAAGACUGCUUUGCCUGUCACUGUCUUUGACAAAGAUGUCAGCAACGUGACCUACACUGACCCAAGGGGAUACACUGUAUACUAUGAGAGCGACAAUAUCAUGGUCUAUGUGAGAGGCGCAGAGGACAAGGAAGGGGAAUGGUGGCUCGACAAGACCACCUACGACGGUCCUGGUGGCGUCCUCGUCAAUGCACACUUCGACUCUGUCAGCACUGGUUUUGGCGCUACAGACGAUGGCGUCGGUGUCAUCUCAGUACUGCAGCUACUCUCGCACUUCACCAAGCUGGAAAACCAGCCUCAUCGCGGUAUCCUGUUCCUCUUGAACAAUGGCGAGGAAGAUGGCCUUUACGGCGCAAAGACCUUCACGCGUCACCCUCUUGCCCAGUUUCCUCGUAGUUUCCUCAACCUCGAAGGUGCCGGUGCUGGAGGCAGAGCCACUUUGUUCCGAAGCACUGAUACCGAGGUCACCAGAUUUUACGCCAAGAGCCCCCGUCCCUUUGGCAGUGUCAUCAGUGGCGAUGGUUUCAAACGAGGCCUGGUCAAGAGUGGAACAGACUACAGCGUUUUUGUUGACGACUUGGGCAUGCGUGGCUUGGACGUAGCUUUCAUGGAACCUCGCGCAAGAUACCAUACUAAUCAGGACAACGCAAGAGAGACCAGCGUCGAGAGUCUUUGGCAUAUGCUCUCUGCUGCUCUGACUACCGUGCAAGGUCUUUCUAGCGACACCAGUGAUCAGUUCGAACGACCCUCAGAGCAUGAACAUGGCAGCUCUGACAAAGCAUCGGGUAGUACUGGUGUCUGGUUUGACUUGUUUGGACGUGCUUUUGCAGUCUUCCAGCUUCACACUCUGUUCGCGCUAUCUGUGACUCUGCUCGUUGCAGGACCCAUCUUCCUGAUCAUCUUCGAUGUUACUCUUCACAAGACCGACAAGUGGUACUUGUUCUCUAGAAAGAGGUAUCUCCAUUCAUCAGACGAUGACGAGCCCGUCAAGUUUUAUGGUUGGAGAGGUUUCUUUAGAUUCCCUCUGAUCUUUGUGCUUGCAAGUGGCAUUGUCUUCGCCCUCGCGUACUUGAUUACAAAAGUCAACCCGCAUAUCGUGUACAGCUCCGAGUACGCUGUUUGGAGCAUGAUGCUCACUGCGUGGCUUUCCACCGCGUGGUUCUUCUUCCGUCUUGGAGACGCCGUUCGCCCAUCUGCUCUUUCCCGCGCUUAUGUGCUGAUCUGGCUGUACACUCUUUCCUGGUUGGGCCUUGUGGCCGCAACGAUCGGGGAGCAGCGCUGGCACCUUGGGUCUGGUUACUUCCUGAUCAUCUACAACGCUGCUGUCUUCUUGGCUUUGCUCAUCUCAUACCUCGAGUUUUUCGCCCUUCCCAAGAAGAGUGUUUAUGUUGAGCAGGUCACGUACGCAUCGCAAAGUGCAUUGCCCAGCCCUACACGCAGCAAUAGUCUCGUCUCCCACAACGCUGUGGACCAUGAUGAUGCUUCUCGUGGCAGAGCACCGCUCGCCAAUGACAACGAGGAUGCUGACGAACGCACCUCUCUUCUCGGCUCGAGACAGACUUUCACACGCUAUGGUCGUGAGACUCGUCGACCUGAUGAUAACGACGAUGCUGCAGCCUCCAUCCACCCGCCCGUUGCAAGUCAGGCUUAUGAAGGCGAGCAAGGUUGGUCUGGUAGCCUUCCAAGCUCGUUGUGGCUGCUUCAGUUCCUGAUUCUGGCGCCUGUCAAUCUAAUCUUGAUCGGCCAAUUGGGUCUGCUGAUGACCUCGGCCUUGCAUCAGACACCUGCCGAUGGCAGCCCAGUCCUCCUCGUCUACCUUUUGAUUGCUGCGACAUCCGUACUCCUGUUGGCCCCUUUGACGCCUUUCAUCCAUCGCAUAACAUACCACAUCCCGACCUUCCUCAUGUUCGUGUUCAUUGGCACUCUUGUAUACAACCUCGUAGCCUUCCCCUUCUCUCGCACCUCCAGACUCAAGGUCUUCUUCCUCCAGCAAAUCGACCUCGAUCACGGCAACAACACCGUCGCCCUCACCGGUCUAUCCCCCUACCUCGAAGCCAUCGUAUCCCAACUGCCAUCAGCAGCGGACAACGGCUACCACUGCGCAGGCCCCGACUACAAGUUCUGGGCCUUCAGAGCCGGCCUCGACAGCUGCUCCUGGACAGGACCCGCCCCUAACGUCGUGCCCACAGCAUACAAGCCUCACCAACCCGGCAUGCCGUACCCCAACAGCACAGUCUCUCUCGCACUCGCCCGCAGACAGGCCCAAACCGCCAAAUACGCCACUUGGCUCGACUUCAACAUCACUCGCCCUGCCUCCAAGAACGCCACUAAACGCGACUAUGUGUUUGACAUCCGUGGUUCCAACACUCGCGCCUGUCGUCUAUACUUUUCGCAUCCCUUUGCAAACCUCAGCAUCAGCAAUGCAGGUGACAAAGCUGCAGUCAUGAAACCUGGUCGCAGUGACGAAGCACAGCGUGUGUAUCUGUACAGCAGAGAUUGGGAUGCCAAGUGGAGUGUCAAUGUCACUUUUGACCACGAGGCGGAGAAGCGACAUGACGGUGUCGAAGGCAGAGUCAUGUGUGUGUGGAGUGAUGUCAACCAGGUGAGCACUGUGCCUGCGUUCGAUGAGGUCAAGCACUUUAUGCCUGUGUGGAGUGCCAUCACCAAGAACAGUGAUGGUCUUGUCGAGGGCUACAAGCACUUUACUCUCUGA